GCGUCUUUGCAUGCAAAGCAGACCAGCUCCUUUGGGGACGGGCGGAAAAACCUCCGGGGCUCGCGGACCUAAGCCGUCCGAGCUCCCGCGAGGCGGCGGCAGUAGCAGCGACAGGCUUUCAUUACGCCCUCCUGUCGAGUUGAGAAGGUGGGGUUUGCCUUGGCGAGGGCGGGGCUCCGACUGAAGGCCGAGCACGGUACAGGGACCGGACAGGAGGGCAAGGAGCAGGUCGAGGGUGGAGCGAGCGCCUGGAGCGCGCGGGAGCAACCGGUCGGAAGUUUUGGCUGAGCCGAGGCUCGGAAGCUUUGCAAGUUCUUUUAAGCCUUCGCCUUUAUUUUGGAGCGGUUUUGAAGAGGAGAUAUUGCAUUCCUGUGUUGAUGUUGAAUUGACCUCAGUUCUGGGUUAUGGAUGGACAAAAUGAAGUAGACUUUUCCAAUAACAACGUUACACCAUUGUGGAAGAGAAGAUCAGUUCAUCGUGGGCAUUUGCAUACAAAGAAUAAACCUAGACCAAAGUCCUAUCAGAGUUCCACUGGGGUCCUCUUCACAGAUUUUCCUGUGGAAGACAAAGAUACACUCACUUUAAUGCAACCUGAUAAAACAAUUAGUUCUCCGGACAACUCUAUUCAGAGAACUCCCUUGCUUUUGACCUGUAAAAGUGUACCAAAUGGAAAGGUUCAGUUUCCAGAACAUAGAACCUUAUCUUCUACACUUUCUGACCAGUCCCCACAAAUCUUGAAAAUGAUUUCAAAUAAUUCUAUAAAUUUUACAUCGAGUGGUUAUUUAGAUUCAGCAAACAGUAAAUCAACUCGCACAAGGAAGGCUUCUAAUCAAGCAUCACUUAAUUCUGAGAUGGAACAUACUGUUUUCAAAUCAAGCCUUGGAGUGUCACCAACAGAAAUUGUGCAUUCGCCAAAUAAUAACACAACCAUUGACUUAGCAUUAAAACCGAGUCAACUUCCUAAAAACUUAGAAAAUGAAGCUGUUUGCCUGCGUGCUUCCUCAGACAUUGCACAUUUGCCUCUGCAAAGAAUACCAUCAAAUCGGAAUGACCAAUCAGAUAUGUCAUCUGUGAUUCUAAGCACAAAUAGUCUUGCUGCAUUAAAAGUGGGAAAACAGCAGAUCAUCCCUAAGAGUUUAGCUUCUGAAACAAGAGUAAUUGGUAAAGCUAAUUGUCAGAAUUCAGAGCCAAACAGCAGGGUACUUAAGGUACGCAGCAUGGUGGAGACUCUUGAUGCACCUUUGGCAGCCAGUGAAGAUGAUGAAGCAGAAGGGGAUGUGGAAAGCCCAGGGAUGCUAAAGCGUAGCUUGAGGUCUACUUCAUACCGACGAGCUGUUGUGAGUGGUAUUGACUUUGAUGGUAUUGCCAAUAUUAAAAUGAAAAGCAAAAUGUCUCAGCCAGUGCUGAAGGCAGUCAUAGAAGAUAAAGAGAAAUUCUCUAGUUUAGGAAGAAUAAAGAAGAAAAUGCUAAAAGGACAAGGGACAUUUGAUGGACAAGAAAAUGCAGUGUUAUAUCAGAAUUAUAAAGAAAAAGCUUUGGAUAUAGAUUCUGAUGAAGAAGUAGAAUCAAAAGAACACAAGUUAGAUGAAAAAAUAGUCAUUCAAUACAAACCUCUAAGAUCGACAUGGAGUCAACUGUCUGCAGUGAAGAGGAAUGGCUUAUCUCAGACCAUCAGCCAAGAAGAAAGAAAAAGGCAAGAGGCUAUAUUUGAAGUAAUCUCUUCAGAACAUUCAUAUCUGCUCAGUCUAGAAAUUCUGAUUCAAAUGUUUAAGAAUUCCAAAGAACUGAGUUCUACAAUGACAAAAACAGAAAGCCAUCAUCUUUUCUCCAAUAUUGCAGAUGUCUGUGAAGCAAGCAAGAAGUUCUUCACAGAGCUUGAAGAAAGGCAUCAGAGCAACAUCUUCAUUGAUGAUAUUAGUGAUAUUGUAGAAAAGCAUACUACAUCAACUUUUGACCCUUAUAUAAAAUAUUGCACUAAUGAAGUCUAUCAACAGCGGACACUUCAGAAACUGUUAGCUACCAAUCCAUCCUUCAAGGAAGUAUUAUUGCGGAUUGAAUCUCAAGAAGAGUGUAGGAAUUUACCAAUGAUAUCCUUCCUCAUUCUCCCAAUGCAAAGGGUUACCCGGCUUCCACUGCUGAUGGAUACAAUUUGCCAGAAAACACAGAAAGAUUUGCCAAAAUACGAAGUUUGCAAAAGGGCUUUAAAAGCAGUAAGCAAGUUGGUUCGUCUGUGCAAUGAAGGUGCUCGAAAAAUGGAAAGGACAGAAAUGAUGUAUACCAUCAACUCCCAGUUGGAAUUUAAAAUCAAGCCCUUUCCACUAGUUUCUUCUUCACGAUGGUUAGUGAAACGGGGUGAAUUGGCAGCAUUUGUUGAAGAUACUGGGAUUUUUUCUAAAAGGACUUCCAAGCAACAAGUAUACUUCUUCCUCUUUAAUGAUGUCCUUAUUAUCACAAAAAAGAAAAGUGACGAGAGCUACAAUGUUACAGAUUACUCUUUAAGGGAUCAGUUACUAGUUGAGCAGUGUGACCACGAUGAGCAGAAUUCCUCUCCAGUAAAAAGCAGCACACCAAUGCUUUACUCUCGGCAGAGUGCUGCCAAUCACCUCUUCAGAUUAACUGUCCUAAGUAACCAUGCAGGAGAGAAGAUUGAACUGCUUUUGGGAACUGAAACUCAGAAUGAGAGAGCCCGCUGGAUUACUGCACUUGGACAAAGCAAUGAUAGAAGAACCAAGGACAGGACAACAUUGACUCAGGUAGAAGUUAUCAGGUCUUACACUGCCAAGCAGCCUGAUGAAUUAUCCCUCCAGGCUGCUGAUGUAGUUCUUGUUGAUCAAAAAGUCCAAGAUGGUUGGUAUGAAGGAGAGCGAUUGCGUGAUGGAGAAAGAGGUUGGUUUCCAAUGGAAUGUGCCAAGGAGAUCACAUGUCAAGCCACAAUUGACAAAAAUAUGGAAAGAAUGGGACGUUUGCUAGGCCUGGAAACUAAUGUAUAA